AUGGCUCCAACUGGUGUAGUAGCAGAAAAUGUUAGUAGUGAAACAAUUCACUUUAAAUUAAAAAUCAAUGGUAAUAUUUACAAAUUACAAACUCUUUCUUUAUAUGAUAAAACAUUUAAAUGUAAAAUAUUUUGUAAGCUUCAUAAUAAUUCACUUGAAUUUGGUGAUAUACCUGUUUUUGUAAUAGUAGGUAAUCUAACUCAACUUCCACCUGUGAAAGGAGAUCCAGUAUUUUACUCUCCAUUAUGGAAAACAUAUCAAGAGCAAAAUAAUAUAACUUUAGAUACAACUUACAUUGUAUCACACAGAAAGAUAGCUCAAACUAUAACUUCCAUAAUAUCAACAAAAUUACCAUCAUUUAAUUUAAAUGAAGAAUCAUUUACUUCAAUUUCAGUUGAUUUUAAUGUGACUAUUCAAAAAGUUACAGCAUUUUUUACAUUUAAUGAUGAGUCAAUUUUUGCCUGUAGGCAAGCUUAUAUUGCAAUAAGCAGAUCUCUAUUAUGGGAUAAACUUGGUGGUAGAGGUGGUAGACAAACAUGUAGCUCAAGCCAUAAUUUCCAAGCUGGUGGAAGUAGGCCAACUAGUCCUGAAAAUCAGCUUACCUUCAGUACACCGAAGGAUACUAAUGCUCCUCAUGAGGGUAUUUGGAAAACCUAUCAGAAAAAGCUGCAACUAACUUCUAAUAAAAAAAUGACAGAAGCUCUGGAAGCAGAACAUGCUAUGGACAUGGAAAAAAGUAUUGUUCAGAAUACUUAUGGCCUAACUCCAAACCGACCCAUUCGGAGCUUUAGGAAGAUCGCAUUUGUAAUAUCUGCAGUAAUCCCACUCAUAUGGCUAAAGAUUGCACUAACAAAAAUAUUAACAAGUCUUAAUCGAAAUGAUUUGUUAGUGGUGCUGAUAAUUGGAAAACUUGAAAAGUCUUAUGCAGAGACAGCUAAAUCAAAACAAAAACCCAGAAAUAGUUUUAAUUCUAAUAAUAAUAAUAAUCCUUCUGGAUCACAUGAUCGGGAAAGAGUUCAAGGCAAUAUUAAUAAUACUGCAGAUGGGGAUAGUGAAGACUUCAAUAACCAUCCGAAUUUCUUGAAAUUUAAGGAACAAAUUAUUAACACUAUGAGGAAGGUGGAAGAAAAAUUACUUAAAAUGGAAUCACUCAUUGGUGACACUAGAAAGCAAAUUAGUGAAGUAGUUACGGUACAACAAGCGUUCAAAUGUGAUAAAAAUCAUAAAAUGCAUCCAGUUUUAAUCAAUGAGGAUGAACUAAUAAACAAGUCUACUCUCCAAUCACAACAAUUUCAAAAAUCAGAUCAAAAUAUUCAAAGUAUUGUUGAUCAGCAAAAGCAAAUACAACAAAAUCACCAGGAAACUAAAUCCUUACUUUCAACACUCUACAAUAUGCUAUCUGGCGGCCCUUCAGCUUCAUCAUUAGGGGAUGAUGAUGAAGUUUCUGAUGAUUCUGUCAUAUAA